AGAAAAAAAAAAUACUCCUAGAAGAGAGAAGCAUCGUCCAUCUCUUUCCCUUGCCUUUGUUCCCUCUUCCUCCCUCCUCCUGCUGACCCGACCCGACCUACCAACCCGCCUUCCCCACCGCAGCAGCUCGGAAUCUCCCCUCGCCGUCCGCCCGCCCCACGGCCGCCGCCGACGCCCCCGUCCCGUGCCGCCUCCUCCAAGCACCCCCGGCCCGGCCCCUCACGGCGCGUCCCCGCCGUCCCCCCCUUUCGCUCGUCGGGGCGCCGCGUUCCUGCUGCCUCCGCCCCGUCAGCGGUCCCCGGCCGCCGGUUUCCGAGGCUUUUGAGGGAUUAUAGCCGCAGAAGAAACCUGGCGGGUGGUAUGAGCGCCGAGGCAGGCAACGGGAAGGAGGAAGCCAGGAAGACAGGUUUGGAGGGCACCGGACUGCCCCUUCCAGGUGGCUCCCAUGGCAGCGUGCGAUGCGCUGGCAGCGACCCGCAGUUGAGACAGAUGCUUGAUUCCCUCAAAUCCUCCAAGUCUUCAGCCGUGAUCAACUAUGGCGCCUCAUGGUGCGGUGUUUGCAAUCAGAUUCUUCCACCCUUCUACAAAUUCAGCAACGAAUUCAAGAAUCUUACUUUCGUCUAUGCCCAUGUUGAUGAAUGCCCCGAAACAACUCAGAACAUACAAUACACCCCGACCUUCCAUUUUUACCGGGAUGGAGAAAGGGUGGAUGAGAUGUUUGGUGCAGGGGAAGAGAGGCUACGGGAUCGGUUGUGGUUGCAUUCGUGAUUUCUAGGCUUUGGCUUGCAGUGCUGCUGUUUUCAUGUACUUAGUUAUGCACUGUACCUCGGAUUUAUCCUUUUUCUGAAGUCUUGUUUGAUGUGGAAAGGAAGGGCAAUGUUAAACUGAUUAGCGUGUUGCUAGUUUCUCUCCCAGGCAGAAGCCAUUAUUUUUCAUUAUUUACUCGCAAAGCAUUUUACACUGUAAUUGAACCAUGACUGUAAUACAUCAGCAACUAAUGCUGCUAGUGA